AUGGAACGAGAAGGCUGCCAAUGUGAGUGUUUGAAGAUACCAGGGGUUUGUUUCGACCCCUCUGAUGAAGAACUUGUCGCAUAUUACCAGACAGAAAAAAUCGAGGGAAGGCCACUCCAAUGCAAUCAUCUGAUGACAGAGUUGCCGGUUUACCAUGAUGAUCUGAUGCCUUGGGAGCUUCUCAAAGACGAUAAUCCUUACUGGAUGACAUCUUCGUGUGAUAAGGAGAAUAAAAUUAAGAAGACUAUCUAUGUGUUUACUGAGUUGAGAAAAAAGAAAAGUCGUGUGAUAAGGAGAAGCGGACGGGGUUCGUGGACGGGUCAAAAUAAUCCUGUUGUGAAGGACAGGGCAGGUAACGAGAUUGGAUAUAAUAAACUCUUGACUUUUUAUGAAGAUACUGAUGGCAAGAAGGGCAAGAAGGGCAAAAAGAAGAUUAAUUAUGAUGAUCAUGGUCACUGGAUCAUGCAUGAGUAUUCACUUUCUGGAAACGACAAAUAUGUACUAUGUAAGAUUGUUAAGGAGGUCAGAAUCGGCACAAAAGCUUUGAUACUGUGUACUAAUGAAGGAACAACAAUGCGAGAGUUACCGGAUAUGAUUUGUGGAAAAAAUGGACAGACAGAUGGAGCAUGCACGGGUUUGGAUGGGGCAGCUAAUGACUCUUGUAGUGGUGUUGAUGAAAUUCAAGACUUUAUGACAGCAGACGCUCCUCGUAUUGAAGCAGUAGAUGUUAACAAUCAAGCAGAUGAUAACAUGGAAGGCAAGAAACAAAUUCUAGAUGACUUCUGGAACUUCGAACUAGAUGAUGAUGUUUCACCAACAGACACAGCUUGGGACGGGUUAGAUGAUGUGAUUUUGGACUUCUCUUCUCCAGAUUUGUUCGACUUAUGGCCGGUUGAAGAAACACAGGAGCAGUCCUGUAGAAUAUUGGAAAACCAGGCCCAGAAGAAAAUGAGCAAUGUCUAA